AUGAACUUCAGCUCCUCCCUCGGCAGCGACCUCCUCAGCAAUGCUGCGAAGCUGAAAACGGCACGCACCGGCCGCGUCUCCAGCUGGGACCACAGCGGCCUCAACGAAGAUGCCUGGGUUAUUCAGCCCGGCGAGACGGCUGUCCUAGCUGACCUCGAAGGCCCUGGCUCCAUCACCCAUCUGUGGUUCGUCCAGACUUGCCGCCGCAUUGUUGGUCCUGGUCUGAUCCCCUACUCCAAGUCCGGGGUGGCCAUGAUGGAGGUGCACAACGCUCUGGGCCUGAACUACGAGGUCAGCGACCCGGACUACUACCGCAAGGUGCUCAUCAAGAUGUACUGGGAUGACUCGGAGACGCCGAAUGUGCUGGCGCCCAUUGGCGACUUCUUCUGUCUAGGCAACUCUAUGGCUGCCAACUUCCAGUCCCUCCCUUUUACCGUGUCUGUGAAGCCGUCUGAGGAGAAGAAGUUUGGAGGCGCCGCGGCGUUCAACUGCUAUCUGCCCAUGCCCUUCAACAAACGGGCCCGCAUCGAGAUUGAGAACCAGAACGACCAAGCCUACAUUCAAUACUUUUACAUCGACUACGAGCUUUUCACGGAGCCUCUCAGCAAAGACACCCUCUUCUUCCACGCACACUGGCGCCGCGAGAACCCCACAAACGGCUGGGCCCCCGAGAGCAUCCAGACCAACAGCCUGGAGACGCAGGUGCCCAACCUCGACGGCAAGGGCAACUACGUCAUCCUCGAGACAGAGGGCGCGGGCCAGUAUAUCGGCUGCAACCAGAGCGUCGCGCACUUCCAGGGCACGUGGUGGGGAGAGGGCGACGAUAUGAUCUUUAUCGACGACGACACUUGGCCCCCGUCGAUGCACGGCACCGGCGGCGAGGACUACUUCAGCCAGGGCUGGGGGAUGCAGAAGAACGCGUACCCCUUCUGCGGGACUAUCAUACAUGAGGAGGACGUGCCGAACCACCAAGUUAGCUACAGGUGGCACCUCGCGGACCCUGUGCGCUUCAGCAAGAAGAUUCGCGUCACAAUGGAGACAGGGCAUGCGAACCAUUUGCGAGAUGACUGGUCGACCACGGCGUACUGGUACCAGACUCUGCCGGGCCCGAAGCUCGAGAUCUUGCCAGUCAAAGAGCGAAUUCCUCGCAAGCCUGACUUUCCGGCUGGUACGCACCCUGCACUGCCGCAGUUGGAGAACCUGGAUCCUCAGAGGAAAGCCAUGGUGGAGCAGAAUAGGGAGCGGAUGGAUGCGUUUGUGCGGGAUAGGGAUGCCUGGUUGGAGAGGCGUGCUCGGGACUCGCGGGAGCGUGCGAAGAAGAACAUUGAACAUGCUAAGGAUGUUCGUCGACGUUUUCUCGAGGGCUUAAAGGCAGAGUAA